AUGGCCUCUUGGUACUCCAACCUCGUCCAAAAGACGUCAUCCCAGAUCUCGUCCCUCCGCCAGAACCUCCUCUCAGGCGACGCAGACGGCGACACCGAAGACGACACCCACGUCUGCCGCGUCCUCCGCAGCUACUACACUGAAAAAGGCCGUCCCUUCCCCGCCUGGCUCCCCCCCGAUCCCAAGGCACCCCAGCAGCAACCGCCACAGCCCAUGCUCGUCAACAACCCGGGUGCAGGCGCUAGGUACGGAGGUCUAGGUCCCGCGCCGCAGCCCGCUGGAGGGUUGAGCAGUCUGUGGGAUAACGGACCUGCGCAGCAGCAGCAGCAAGCACCGCAGAGUUUGAGAGCUGGAGGGGGGAGAACACCUGCUGCGCUUCAACCUGGUGGAGGGGAUAUACAGCGCAGGCCGCUGCCGGGUCAGAGGGGUGCUAGUUACCAGACCGGAGGAAGACCAGAGGUUGCGAGUGUGCCGCCUGCUGGUGCUGGUGGGGGUGGUGGAUCUGCGCAGGAGAGGUUGAAGCAGAGGCUUUGGGGAGGAUCUAGGACGACGAGUCCUUCUUCACAGACUGGGAAUCAGGGACCGUUUCAACCUCCUGCUGGAGGUGGUGGAAGCGGAAACUAUGAGGAUCGAUUUGCGCCGGGUGGAAUGUAUGAUCAAGCGGGAAGUGGAGGUGGUGGAGGAGGAGCAGCGUACACAGGAGCGAAUGCGCCUUGGUCGGAUGGUGGGAAUGACUAUGGUGGUGGAAGAUCUGGAGGGUUGAGGAGAGGAGGAUUACCAAGUGGACCGAGAGGAUACAGAUGA